CCAAGUGCACAAUUUUGGAAUGCAGAUUCAACGAUUAAGUGUUGAUUCCUUGUAGUUGUAGUUUGUACUAGCAGCAGCAAUUUGUUUCGUGAGCACUUGCAGCUUCGGUUUCUUCACUCUUCUUCGCUAGGGUUUUUGAAGUUGACGAUGGCUUCGCCUCCUCAUUUCGACGAAGACUUUGAUUUUGGAGGCGGUUUUAGCGGAACGCAUUCAGAUACUAUAGGUAAUAAGAGGUCAUCUCCCGACUAUGACGAGGAUGAAUAUGAAAAUGAUCCUUUUGGACACAAGAAGGCCAAAUCUAAAGCUGAAGAAGCUGCUUCUGGUGUGACAACAGGAAUGAUUUUGUCUCUUCGCGAGAGUCUUCAGAACUGUAAGGACAUGCUUGUUACAUGCCAAAAUGAACUUGAGGCUGCAAAAUCUGAGAUUCAGAAGUGGCAUUCUUCUUUUCAAAAUGAACCUUUUAUACCUGCUGAGACCACUCCAGCCCCGAAAUUGGUGAUUAAUUAUCUUCAAGCUCUGAAAUCAUCUGAAGAAUCUUUAAGAGAGCAGCUUGAAAAAGCAAAGAAAAAGGAAGCUGCAUUCAUUGUCACAUUUGCAAAACGGGAACAAGAGAUAGCAGAGUUGAAGUCUGCUGUACGGGACCUGAAAGCUCAGCUCAAGCCAGCUUCUAUGCAGGCAAGGAGGUUGUUAUUAGAUCCAGCAGUGCAUGAAGAGUUCACAAGAUUAAAGAAUUUAGUUGAAGAAAAGGAUAAAAAAGUAAAGGAGUUGCAAGAUAACAUUGCGGCUGUAAACUUUACCCCCCAAAGCAAGAUGGGGAAGAUGCUGAUGGCUAAAUGUAGAACCCUACAGGAGGAAAAUGAGGAGAUUGGGAAUCAGGCUUCUGAGGGCAAGAUGCAUGAAUUAGCAAUGAAACUUUCAGUGCAGAAAUACCAAAAUGCAGAACUCAGAAGUCAAUUUGAAGGGUUGCAAAAGCAUAUGGAUGGAUUGACAAAUGAUGUGGAUAGAUCCAAUGAAAUGGUGUUAAUGUUGCAAGAUAAAUUAGAAGAGAAGGAUCAGGAGAUCCAAAGACUGAAAGAUGAGUUGCAACCAAAAAGCCUCGUCGUGGAGGACGGGAAAACAGAUCCAGCAUCUAAUAGGAAUGAUGAUGAUGAAACGAUACCUACUGAAGCCGCUAAUUAAUGUGGGCUUUUGGUUUACCUUUGGAAGUUGAAUCAAAAGUUACAAAUUCUUAUUUUUCACAAGAUGAGAAUGUGUCAGUUCAGCCUAACGUUAAGCCAAACACAAUUGUAUAACUUUAGACUUAAAGAAGUUUGAGUAAAUACUCAAGUUAGUCCUGAGAAUCACUGGGAAUGUUUUGAUCCCUAAAAGGAAAAUGAUCAUUUCAUCCCUCAAGAGUGUAAAUUGAUGAAAUUUUGGGGAUCGAAUUAGGUAAAGUGAAUUUUUUUUUUUACCGUCAAUUAUUCCUUUACAAUUCACUAUAGUUAUAUUUAAAUUCAAAAUAUCAUUCGAAUUA